AUGCAAAGUGGUCAGCACGGCUUGAAUAUUUUUUUUUCUGUCAACUUUUUAACUACUGUGUUCUUGUGCAGGGCAAAGUCAAAAAAUGGCGGUCGAUCGCUGAGAGAAAAGCUGGAUAAGAUUGGGCUCAACCUGCCUGCAGGAAGAAGGAAGGCGGCUAAUGUCACUCUGCUUACCUCACUAGUCGAAGGUGAAGCUGUACAUUUAGCAAGAGACUUUGGUUAUGUAUGUGAGACAGAAUUUCCUGCAAAGGCAAUUGCCGAGUACCUCAGCAGGCCGCACGUGGAACGCAACGAGGUUAACUCUCGUAAGAACAUGCUCCUUGCUGCCAAGCAAAUCUGUAAGGAGUUCACUGACCUGCUUACUCAGGACCGCUCCCCUCUGGGAAACUCUCGGCCAGCGCCCAUCCUGGAGCCCACAAUCCAAGGCUGCCUGACCCACUUCAGCCUCCUCACACACGGCUUUGGAUCUCCGGCCAUCUGUGCUGCUAUGACCUCGCUUCAGAACUACCUGAACGAGGCUAUCAAACAAGUGGACAAGAUGUACAUGAGUUCCGGGAGCGACACCCAGGGGUCCUCAGACAGUGGGAGCAAAUCGACCGACAAACUGGACAAGCACAGGAAAUGAGGGCUCGGAGGAUAAUCCAUAUGGACUUUACAAUGUCCGAUUCCCUCAUCUCCAGCCUGUCUGCCCUUUUUUUUGUUGUUGUUGUUUGGACGUUUGACAUCAAUAUGUAGUAUUUUCGCUCUGUGAGAGACAAGUUUGUGCACACAAUAGAAUUUGCAUCCUUUUUAUUUUCUAAGAGCUCCUCAGAGCUUGUGUGCAUUAUAUGAAAUAUCAGCCCGCAUCUGCCGUGAACAGCCGCUGACUGACUCUAAGAUCAACCCUCUCAGGGUGGACCACACGCCACAGCGUACAUAGCACUGUGCAGCCCAGUUGCUAUUGUACCGAUGCUACAGCUGUGGGUCCUGCACACUGAAGAGCAGAACAGGAACAAAUUACAUUCAGAUUUUUAUUUUUUCUUUUCCUCCCCUCCUUGGAGGACAUCAUUUCAAGAUGAGCUGGUGGCUUCGAAUUCUUCUCAGCUUUCCUCCCCUCCUUCCCUGUCUAGAAGCAAAUCCACUGAUUUCCUGUCUCGACGGAAUUGCUUUUUUGUAUGAGAAAGGGAGAAGAAGACAGUUAUUUUGUAUGACCACUUCAAACUGUUUUCAGUGUUAUUGUGCUUUGUUCCCGACAGUUGGUUCAAAUCUUACGUAGGCUCGAACUGGAAACAUCUAGUUCCGGUUUGUGCGUAUGUUUUCGCUCAGAAACCAGAGAGUUUAAAGAAGGUUUAGGACAGAAGCCCCUUCAGUGUUCAUACAGCCAUUCUUACUGCAUCUUUAAAACCUGGCAGACUGUAAAAUAUAACUUUAAUGGUUGUGUUAUGAAUUGGUUUUCCUUUGUAUUUAAAAAAAAAAAAAAAAUUAUCAGCAUACCAACCAG